UGAUCAUAUGUUUUAUGUUGUUCAACAUUAUAAUCAGUAUCUAUUUCCGGUGCAGAAUUCAACAACAUCCUUCUGAUAAAACAGGUGAUGUAAAUUCCAGGGGAAACACAUUCAAAUUAAACAGAUAUAUAUAUGUAACACAUCUUCGAUUUGAAUAUCUUAGUGGACGUGUACAUUUCGAGUUAAACGAUACUUAUUCUUCGUCUGAAAUGAAACAAAUUGGUUUUCAUGUGUUUAUUUUAGUUUUAUGUUUCUCCUUUAAUGGCAUACUAACAUUGGGCACUAAUGAUAAAGCUGGACCACUAUGGGUUCUACAAAUUGGAAAUAGAGAAAAUGCUCCCAUGUCCUCUAGAGGAUUAGUUAUUUCACACAAUUCCAUCGAUUCUGCAAACUCUCAGUUGAUGAAUGAUGCAAUAAUGGAAUACGUCAAGAAUCAAAAUGUUAUGAAGAAUUCCUUGCUACCUCUGGUUGAACUCAACGGGCAUUAUUAUUAUUUCGAGAAAUACUUCAAGUCCAAUUAUAUCAAAGCGAUGCAAUACUGUAGGGAACAUGGCAUGGAUCUGCUCAGCAUAGAAACAGGCGUAGAAAACAUAGAAAUUAUUGCCUACUUAAAGAAAAAUUAUCCAAAAGUUGAACGUUUCUGGACUUCUGGAACUGAUAUGGGAGAGGAAGGCUCAUUUGUGUGGUUGUCAACUGGAAGACCCUUGAACUUCACAAGUUGGUGUAAUGGACAACCAGAUAAUGGAGGAAAAAAUGAGCAUUGCUUGGCAAUACAAAGAUUGGGUGUUGAAAAUUAUGUGUGGAACGACAGAUCGUGUCUUGAUGAAUAUAAUUUCAUUUGUGAAGUUAAGCAAUAAAGAGUAGAAAUAUUU